ACUGAUGGAUUCCACUACAGCGACGGCUGAGCUGGGCUGGAUGGUGCAUCCAUCAUCAGGGUGGGAAGAGGUGAGCGGCUACGACGAGAACAUGAACACGAUUCGCACCUACCAGGUGUGCAAUGUAUUUGAGUCAAGCCAGAACAACUGGCUGCGGACCAAGUUUAUCCGGCGCCGGGGCGCCCACCGCAUCCACGUGGAGAUGAAGUUCUCAGUGCGCGACUGUAGCAGCAUCCCCAGCGUGCCCGGCUCCUGCAAGGAGACCUUCAACCUCUAUUACUACGAGGCCGACUUUGACUCGGCCACCAAGACCUUCCCCAACUGGAUGGAGAAUCCGUGGGUGAAGGUGGACACCAUUGCCGCCGACGAGAGCUUCUCGCAGGUGGACCUGGGCGGCCGGGUAAUGAAAAUCAACACCGAGGUGCGGAGCUUCGGGCCCGUGUCUCGCACCGGCUUCUACCUGGCCUUCCAGGACUAUGGCGGCUGCAUGUCCCUCAUCGCCGUGCGGGUCUUCUACCGCAAGUGCCCCCGUGUCAUCCAGAACGGCGCCAUCUUCCAGGAGACACUGUCAGGGGCUGAGAGCACGUCCCUGGUAGCUGCCCGGGGCAGCUGUAUCGCCAAUGCCGAGGAGGUGGAUGUGCCCAUCAAACUGUACUGUAACGGGGAUGGCGAGUGGCUGGUGCCCAUCGGGCGCUGUAUGUGCAAGGCGGGCUUCGAGGCUGUGGAGAACGGCACCAUUUGCCGAGCCUGCCCAUCUGGAACUUUCAAGGCCAACCAGGGGGACGAGGCGUGCACCCACUGUCCCAUCAACAGCCGGACCACUUCCGAAGGGGCUACCAACUGCGUCUGCCGCAAUGGUUACUACAGAGCUGACCUGGAUCCCCUGGACAUGCCCUGCACAACCAUCCCCUCUGCCCCCCAGGCUGUCAUCUCCAGCGUCAAUGAGACUUCCCUCAUGCUGGAGUGGACCCCGCCACGGGAUUCUGGUGGCCGCGAGGACCUCGUUUACAACAUCAUCUGUAAGAGCUGCGGCUCGGGCCGGGGCGCCUGCACCCGCUGUGGCGACAAUGUGCAGUAUGCGCCACGCCAGCUGGGCCUGACAGAGCCACGCAUCUACAUCAGCGACCUGCUGGCCCACACCCAGUACACCUUCGAGAUCCAGGCCGUGAACGGCGUCACCGAUCAAAGCCCCUUCUCACCGCAGUUCGCCUCCGUGAACAUCACCACCAACCAAGCAGCUCCAUCGGCCGUGUCCAUCAUGCACCAGGUGAGCCGUACUGUGGACAGUAUUACCCUGUCUUGGUCCCAGCCAGACCAGCCCAACGGUGUGAUCCUGGACUAUGAGCUGCAGUAUUAUGAGAAGGAGCUCAGUGAGUUCAACGCCACAGCCAUAAAAAGCCCCACCAACACGGUCACGGUGCAGAGCCUCAAAGCCGGCGCCAUCUAUGUCUUCCAGGUGCGGGCUCGCACCGUGGCAGGCUAUGGGCGCUACAGCGGCAAGAUGUACUUCCAGACCAUGACGGAAGCCGAAUACCAAACAAGCAUCCAGGAGAAGCUGCCCCUCAUCAUCGGGUCCUCGGCUGCCGGCCUGGUCUUCCUCAUCGCCGUGGUUGUCAUUGCCAUUGUCUGCAACAGACGGGGGUUUGAACGUGCCGACUCGGAGUACACGGACAAGCUGCAGCACUACACCAGUGGCCACAUGACCCCGGGCAUGAAGAUCUACAUUGACCCGUUCACGUACGAGGACCCCAACGAGGCAGUGCGGGAAUUUGCCAAGGAAAUCGACAUCUCCUGUGUCAAAAUCGAGCAAGUUAUUGGAGCAGGAGAAUUCGGGGAGGUGUGCAGUGGUCAUUUGAAGCUGCCCGGCAAGAGGGAGAUCUUCGUGGCCAUCAAGACGCUCAAGUCGGGCUACACAGAGAAGCAGCGGCGGGACUUCCUGAGCGAGGCCUCCAUCAUGGGCCAGUUUGAUCACCCCAAUGUCAUCCACCUGGAGGGCGUGGUCACCAAGAGCACACCUGUAAUGAUCAUCACGGAGUUCAUGGAGAACGGCUCCCUGGACUCCUUCCUCCGGCAAAACGACGGGCAGUUCACGGUCAUCCAGCUGGUGGGCAUGCUGCGGGGCAUCGCGGCAGGCAUGAAGUACCUGGCAGACAUGAACUACGUGCACCGUGACCUGGCUGCCCGUAACAUCCUCGUGAACAGUAACCUAGUGUGCAAGGUGUCCGACUUCGGGCUCUCACGCUUCCUGGAGGAUGACACAUCAGACCCCACCUACACCAGUGCCCUGGGUGGGAAGAUCCCCAUCCGCUGGACAGCCCCGGAAGCCAUCCAGUACCGGAAGUUCACUUCAGCCAGCGACGUGUGGAGCUACGGUAUCGUAAUGUGGGAAGUGAUGUCCUACGGGGAGCGGCCCUACUGGGACAUGACCAACCAGGAUGUGAUCAACGCCAUCGAGCAGGACUACCGGCUGCCAGCGCCCAUGGACUGCCCGAGCGCCCUGCACCAGCUCAUGCUGGACUGCUGGCAGAAGGACCGCAACCACCGACCCAAGUUCGGCCAGAUCGUCAACACGCUAGACAAGAUGAUCCGCAACCCCAACAGCCUCAAAGCCAUGGCACCCCUCUCCUCCGGGAUCAACCUGCCGCUGCUGGACCGCACAGUCCCCGACUACAGCAGCUUUAACACGGUGGACGAGUGGCUGGAGGCCAUCAAGAUGGGGCAGUACAAGGAGAGCUUCGCCAACGCCGGCUUCACCUCCUUCGACGUCGUGUCUCAGAUGAUGAUGGAGGACAUUCUACGGGUGGGUGUCACACUGGCCGGCCACCAGAAAAAAAUCCUCAACAGCAUCCAAGUGAUGCGGGCCCAGAUGAACCAGAUUCAGUCUGUGGAGGUCUGACAGUCACCGCCUCGUCGCACCUGUUCCUACAGACCCCGCCCCCUCUGCCCCACACGCUGGCCCCCCUGGCGCUCCGUCCACUGCAGGGUCAGCCACCUGCCAGGAGGCCGCCGACAACAGGAAGGAGCAAGCAGCACUGCAGCCACGAGGCGUCCCCCGAGAACACAGACCACUCAGACGACGG